AUGUCUGGCAAAGCUCACGGCGGAAAGGGUAAAUCUGGCGCUAAGACAGGCUCGAACUUGAGAUCAACGACGCACUCAGCUCGUGCGGGUUUGCAGUUUCCCGUGGGAAGAAUCAAGAGAUAUCUCAAGCGCAACGCCGCAGGCAGAACCCGAGUCGGUUCGAAAUCGGCGAUCUACAUGACCGCAGUGCUAGAGUAUCUCACGGCAGAAGUGCUGGAGCUGGCUGGAAACGCAGCCAAGGACCUGAAAGUCAAGAGAAUCACGCCUCGCCACCUGCAGCUCGCCAUCCGCGGUGAUGACGAGCUGGACACGCUGGUGAGGGCCACGAUCGCCUCCGGUGGUGUUCUACCACACAUCAACAAGGCGCUGCUGUUGAAGGUUGAGCGCAAGGGCGCCAAGAACUGA